UUCUGCCUAUUAUAAUAGGUUCGCCCACAAACACAUCAAACAACAUCUAUUAGUUAUUAGGAACAAACAAAUAAUAAUCUUUGGUUUCGAGAAACACACAUGUCUUGUUUUUGCUUUCUUGUGGAUCAGAAAACAAAAAUACGGCGGAGCAAACCGGUGGCGGGAACUUGUUCGCGGUGUAGAAGCAGCGCCAGAGUGGCUGAUAUGAUGACUCAAACAAGAUUUUGCUAUGUUCCUGUCAACAGUAAAUAUUGGAAAGCUAUUAUUUGCAGUUUUUGUGGAGCUAUUCUUAAGUCUUACAGACAAGCAUCUUAUUAAUAUAUCAUCUAUAGUUACUAGUAUCUAUUAUCUAUAGAUUCAUAUUAUAUUUAAGAAAAAACUUCAUCUUCUAAGUAUUUUUCUUCCACACUUUUUUUUAUAUUUACUACUUGUUAAUUAGAAAUGAAAAUGAUAUUAAUGAGAGUUAAUUUGUGUGAAUUGAAAGAAAAAAAAAAGUCCCACAUAAAAUAGAAUGAAUGACAUAUUAAUAUUGUUAAGAUGGAGGUAUCAAAAUUGAGGUGUGUCUCAAGGAGUGACUAAAUUUGUGAAGAGUAAAAAUAAAUAGAUCACCGCACAUGUGCAAUUUCUCCUUGAAUUUGAGGAAAAACUCAAAAAAACAACAUUGUUUCUACUAUUACUUUUUUAUUUUUAGUACAUUUUUCUAGAUAAAUUCCCUCUGUAUUAUGAUUAUGAGAGUGUAACAAUAGUU